AUGCCGCCACCUGGCCCCGCCGAAACAACCUCCAACUGGGACUUCUCGGCGGUGCUGGACUUGCUCAACUCACCCGCCUUCACUGGCUGCUCGGCUCCGCCUCGGCAUUCCGAUUCCCCGGGGUUCUCGUCAUUCCCUGAGAGCCAGCCUGGCCAUGAUGUUGGUCCCCCCACGGCCGUCAAGCCUCAGCGGAGCUACCCAAAACUCGGUGACUUGGAUACCGUCUGGGAGUUUUUGAAUCAGACCGAUGCCACCACCCAACCUUGUCUAGAUGAGCAGGGACCUGCUCCUGCGGUCACCAUCCUUCAACGGCCUUCCAGCAACCAUGCCUCCGGCGAUGACUCCCACGCGAAGCCAUCAUCCGCGUCUCGUCCCGUCUCAAAAACGGCAAAGCCUCGAGUCUCCAAGGACACAGUCUCUGGUUCCUCGUCACAUUCAGCCACCCGGCCUGAAGCGAUCACUAUUCUAAAGCGGGCUUCCGACAGCAAACCCAUCAAACAGGAUGCCUCCGUGUCAUCACACCCUCCGCGAACUCCUCCGAAAGCGAUCCCUCUAGCUGGCUCCUCCGACGACACCUCAAAAGUCACGUCGAAGACGCGAGCCGGUAGGAAAGGGACCAACACCACAAACUGCAAUGAAAUUAUAUCCUCAGAAAGCAGUGCCGAAGUAGAUUCGGACUCUAGCACUGUCGUUUUCGACCGCCCUCUCACCAAGAAACAUGGAGUGCUAGCGUUUGUCCCGGCCCAGGUGGGCACACCGGACGCAAAGCAUACGGCCUCCGAUACACCACCCUCUUCAUACGAUGACCCAGACUCAUCCUUGAACUUUGACUCCUCCGGAACAAUCCGAGUUCGACCCGUUGCGUACAAAUCGAUGACGGAACGGAGGAUCGGGCUGAUGACGAAGCUGCUCAAGGGAUUCCCCGAUUAUGCCAAAUUGGUGUCCCAGGUCGGACGGUCUGCAAGCCCCAGCAAGAAAAGUGCCGAGUCACGCCCGAUCCAUGUCUUCGUCGACAUGUCCAACAUUAUGGUAGGAUUCCACGAUUCGGUAAAAGCAUCGCGGAAUAUCCCCAUCGCCACUCGCAUCCGGCGCGUGCACAUGUCCUUCGCCAACCUCUCUUUAAUCCUGGAACGGGGCCGUCCCGUAUCCAAACGAGUGCUCGUCGGGUCUGAUCGACUGCCUUCCAUCAACGAGGCCGCAACCCUCGGCUACGAAGCCAACAUUCUCAAUCGUGUCCACAAGGCCAAGCAACCAAGCACCCGCCCGUCCAAGCCCCGCAAGGUAGUCUCCAGUGGACCUGAAAUGGCCACUACCGCUGGAGAGCGAUGGGUCGAGCAAGGCGUGGACGAAAUUCUACACCUGAAGAUCCUGGAGAGCCUGCUGGACACGGACGAGCCGGCGACGAUCGUGCUGGCAUCGGGCGAUGCGGCGGAGGCUGAGUUUUCCGGUGGCUUUAUGCGUAUGGUGGAGCGCGCGCUGCAGCGCGGCUGGGUCGUGGAGCUGGUUAGCUUCUCGCAGGUCACGAGCAAUGCGUAUCGAAGGAAGGAGUUCCGGGCGAAAUGGGGAAGUCGCUUUCGUCUGGUGGAGUUGGAUGGGUAUAUUGAGGAGCUGUUUGACUAG